UAUGCCAUAUAUGUACGAACUACGCUAUUUGUUUGAUUUUUCUGACCAAAAUAUUAUAAUUUCAUUCCAAAUAAGUAGAAUCUCACUGAUUCCACACAACAGUCAUUCAAUUGAAGCAUCAUUCUGGGACUGUGACCAACGUUUAUGCCUUUUGGACGACGAUGAUCGGAUUAGGCUCUGAAAACUAGGAUUGGUAUUUAAUUUAGGUGAGAAGAGCAGAGCAGCUAAUAAUUUAGCAGCAAUUGGCAGUUCAAUUUGUAAGGACUGUAAGCGUAUAAUCUGAGUGAUGGCAGAUAAAUCAUGUGUCAAGCGACUUCAGAAAGAAUACAGAGCGCUCUGCAAAGAACCAGUUUCCCAUGUUGUCGCUCGCCCUUCCCCAAAUGACAUUCUCGAAUGGCAUUAUGUGUUGGAGGGAAGUGAAGGAACACCUUUUGCAGGUGGAUUUUACUAUGGGAAGAUCAAAUUUCCUCCCGAGUAUCCAUAUAAGCCUCCAGGAAUCAGCAUGGUUACUCCUAAUGGACGAUUCAUGACGCAGAGGAAAUUAUGCUUAUCUAUGAGUGAUUUUCAUCCGGAAAGUUGGAAUCCUAUGUGGUCCGUAUCAAGCAUACUUCAAGGACUUCUUUCGUUCAUGAUGGACACUAGUCCUACUACUGGUAGUGUGAACACCACCACUGCAGAAAAACGGCGUUUAGCAGAAGCUUCCCUUGCUUUCAAUUGUACGCAUGCAACAUUCCGGAAAAUAUUUCCUGAGUAUGUGGAGAAGUUUAACCAGCAGCAGCAGCUUAUUGCAGAUCAAGCGUCCUCUGAUGCAUCUGUGCUAGAAAAUUCAAAGCCCUUGUUAAAAAAGGAUGAUUCCAAGGGAGAUGUGAAAAGAGAAGUUGUUCCGAACAAUAGGAGGAUAGAAAAAAAGCAGUCAAUACCAACCUGGAUGAUGUUGCUGCUUGUUUCUAUCUUUGGCCUUGUAAUGGCUCUACCUCUGUUACAACUUUGAUACCACAGAUCACAAAUGAUAAAGAUUAUUGGGGUCAGUGGAGAUCAGGCUAGGCUUUUGCAUGUUAAAGAGACUAGUUCGAAAUACUUCUAGUUUUGUGUUAUAUCUAACAUGAUUUGUAUAGAGGAGACUCAGUUUGAUCGUUUGUUGGUCAAUGUUCCAACCUGACUUGCAUGUGAUAUCUUAAUCUAGUGGGAGUUUCUGUU